CCCCGCCCCAUGCAGAGGCAGAAGGCACAAGGGCGAGAACAGCACUUCGAUCGCAGGGUACAUUAGUUCUCUCUGAUCAUCUGGAUGGCUCAAGAGACUCAGAACCACACGCUCACGGUCUCCGGCUGGGCUGCGCAUGAUUCGUCCGGCGAGAUCAAGCCCUACACCUUCAAGCGCAGAGAGAAUGGCGUGAACGAUGUGACGAUCAAGGUCUUGUACUGCGGAAUUUGCCACACCGAUCUCCACCAUGCCAAGAACGACUGGGGCAUCACCAUGUACCCUGUUGUCCCCGGGCACGAAAUAACCGGGGUGGUGAUCAAGGCGGGAUGCAACGCGGGCAAGUUCAAGAUCGGGGACCGGGUCGGGGUGGGCUGCUUGGCAGCCUCCUGUCUCGAGUGCGAGUUCUGCACCAACUCGCAGGAGAACUACUGCGACCAGAUCCAGUUCACCUACAACGGCAUCUUCUGGGACGGCUCCAUCACCUACGGCGGCUACUCCAACAUGAUCGUUGCCGAUUACCGAUACGUGGUGCGCAUACCGGAGAACUUGCCCAUGGACUCGGUGGCGCCGCUGCUGUGCGCGGGGAUCACGGUGUUCAGCCCGCUGAAGGACAGCGGCAUGCUAGGCUCGCCGGGGAAGAAGAUGAAGAAGAUGGGGGUGGUGGGGCUCGGCGGGCUCGGCCACGUGGCGGUCAAGUUCGGGAAGGCGUUCGGCCACCACGUAACGGUCAUCAGCACGUCCCCAUCCAAAGAGACGGAGGCCAAGGGGCGCUUGGGCGCAGAUGAUUUCAUUGUCAGCACCAAUUCUCAGCAAAUGCAGGCCGGGAAGAGGAGCCUGGAUUUCAUUUUGGACACGGUAUCGGCCAAGCACUCUCUUGGGCCCAUCCUAGAAUUGCUGAAAGUGAAUGGGACUUUGGUCACGGUGGGUGCACCUGAUCAGCCUUUGGAAUUGCCUUCCUUCCCUUUGAUUUUCGGUAAAAGGAGCGUGAAAGGUAGCAUGACGGGAGGGAUUAAAGAGACGCAGGAGAUGAUGGAUCUAUGCGGCGAGCACAACAUCACCUGCGACAUCGAGGUCAUCAUGCCGGACGCGAUCAACGAGGCCAUGGACCGCCUCGCCAGGAACGACGUGAGGUACCGGUUCGUGAUCGACGUCGCCGGGAGAAUAUCGAACCUUUAAUUAUGGUGUACGCACCGGUUUAGGGUCUUUAUCUAUUUCCCGUACUUUUUUUUCUUUUGAAUUUUCCUGGCGAACGACUCUAUAAAGUCGUAAGAGUCCCCUGCAGUUGUCCGGUGCAAAAAUCACUACUGCAGCAAUUGGAGAACACUUAAAUGUUUCCCGUACUUUUUCUUUGUCAUUUGUCUA